AUGUACGCCAUUGACGGAGUGUAUUGGUACGACUCGAAGUCGAGCGGCGCCUCCGGCGCCUUAGUGGCCAUGAGGUCGUCGAUCUCGUCAAACAGCUGGAACGAGGUGGCCGAAGAAGGCACUGUGGACAUCACAUUAGGCGACAUUUCGUCCAUCACCGCGAGGUUGAAGUCUUGUUUAAAUAAUUGGUCUGGCUCCACAGGAACAACUGGGGCCGAGAGUGGGGUGACAAUAUGUUCUGGCUCCUUUUCGGGCUCGGAGCUGCUGAUAGUGGACCGUUCGUCCUUGUCGUCGUCAGAGUGUCUGACCUCGUCCUCCUCGUUGGCAAGAGUAGGGUUGGCAAUGCGCGUGUUGAUAAUGAUGGAGUCUCUUCUCUUGUGCAGAUCAGGAUGCUUGGCCUCCUGUCUGCUGAUGUACUCCCAGCACUUGUCACCGUACGCCUUAGGGGUUUGGCCGGUCACGCUCUUGAACACUCUGUGGAAGUGCCAUGGACUCAGGUUCGACUUGGACGCCAACUCCUUGAAUCCCAGCACUCCGCCUCUCCGCCUCUUCUUGCGGCUUGGACGGGCAACGCUGCCUCGUCUGCUCUCAGGCGGCGAGGGCGAUCUGGAAACAGCUUCCUCUCCCAUGGAAACCCCACAGCUUGCAGAGAGAGCAGCUAGUGCGAUGUGGCGGCAUGCCAGGUCGAUCAGUUUCAGGUGGUCAAACUUGUUGCGAGUCAACGGCACCUCCUCCGAGUCGUCCACAGGACCCCCGGAGAGCCGUUUUUUCAGCCCGCUGUUGUUGCUCUUCCAUAGAGUCUCCUUCAGAGCGCUGUUCUUGUCAUCCUCCUCGUCCAUCAGCGGCUUGAUGAACCCAAUAGACUCGUUCACGUGCUCAACCGUCUUGACAAGGAGGUCCAAAUUGAUUGACACAAAAUUGUCUGAUAAUCCUUCAGGAUGGGACUCUCUGUCUGGAAGACAGUGCUUGCAAGGACGGAAGCCAUUGGCCACCGCCUCGCUUAGUUGA